AGAAUCUAAAGUCUAAACUGAAACUGUAAAGAAGACGGAGAGUGUGUGAACUGUUCGAGUUCGGCGUGUCGGAUAAACAAAAUCAACAAGACAAAACUUGUUGUUGUUCUUCUUCUCAGAUCGUGUUGAGUUUUGAGAAUGGACAACCAGGUUAAAGUUCGAUGCCAGAGGAUUGGUUGCGAUGCUGUCUUCCACGAGGACGAUAAUCCCGAAGGUUCCUGUCAAUACCACGAUUCGGUACUCUCUCUCUCUCAAACACACACAUGCCCUUGGUUGAAUUGCACUGCCUGUUAACUGAUCUAUUUGUAAACUGGGUUGCUUUCAACUUUCAACUCUGUUCUUCCAGCUUUUAACAAUUUGUUAUCUAUCCUAGUAGUUCGGUGUGUGUUUGGAAGCCUCGUGUAUUUUCACAUUGAGGGAGAAGUGAUUCUGGGUUGAGCUACUCCUUGUGGCUUUUAUGGGGGGAGAAGUGAUUCUGGAAGGCUUAAAUGGGAAGCCAAUUAUGCUAUUAGUACCUGAAGUUGUGCCUGUUCUUUUUAGGCUAUUAUAAUGAUUUGUUAAUUCAGCUGAAACAAGUAGGGCUAAUGAUCUCACAAGGCAGCUACAUUAUAUCUAGUAUUUUGGCCAAUAAUUCAUAUAUAAAAGAGCGUGUGAGCUGCUCACUUUUUAAUGUGUGUUAGGGGUGAAUCUGGUUGAGAAUCGAUUUCAUUGUCUUUCAACUCUUUAUAGUGUUUUUGUGUUACUAUUACCCCGAACGUAAACAUAAAUCGAAUUUUAACUGGACCAAGGAGUCAAGCUCCUUUCACAUUAUGUUAUGUGCAUCAAACAUGUUUUUCUCUUUAGCUUGGCUUAGAAAACGUGUGGACGGUAAACCAAACAUGCUUUUACACAUCUGUGUGGAAGCAUAUGUUUUAAAUGUGAUGGCUUUUCACUCUCUUAAGUCUUGAUUGAAAGUGUACUAUUACUACUAUAUACACAUACAUUGUAGGUCCAAGAAUUUAGAAUGAGAAUUCUCAGUAUCACUUUUGGGGGAGGAUAUGUGGUACCACAAAAAUGAUAGAUUUUCUUUGUCUUUGAGCCCUGUGGUCUCUAGUCCAAUAUUGGGAUUUUAUUGAUGAUCUUGUAGUUUGGUUGGGUGACUUUGUGCACAAGAAAGCAAAACUGACUUAGCUACUUGGUAAUAUCUUUUUGUCAAUAACCAAUGCUUCAUCUGUUGAUUACAUUUUUCCCUUAAUUAUUUGUUAAAUUGAUUCCACUUUCCUGUAUAUGUUGUUCAUUUUUCCAUAGUGUUUUCUUUUAGGUUCUUGGUGUUGUUUAGCUCUGGUCUUUGACUACUGUGUUCAGGUUUUGUCACUAGCGCUGUAAUGCUUCAUUGUAACUUUGCGAAAGCAAUUAUCCCUAUCUGCUUCGCGAAACAGUAUUUACAUUUACAGCAUAAACGAUUAGGCUUUUAUUGUAUGAAUUUAAAAGUGAGCAGCUCUUAUGAAAAGCUAUUCUAAUUUUUGCUUAAAAGUGGUUCUUAGAUAGUUAUCCCUGUUAGGUUCUUACACUAGAAUGUUUUACAACUUGAUGUUUUUGUUUAGUGGCCCUAUUCUACACUCUAUUGAUUCUUACCAGAUUUUUUGUUUGAAUAUGGAGAAUUAUUGGGUUUUAUGUUAUGUAUACUAUACUAAAUGCAAUAUCAACAUCUGAGGACUCUUGCGGCAUAAUUUUUAUUUGUGUCAAUAAGCUUUGAUAACAUUGUUUUGCUAAUAUCAUCACUAACGUAAUGAUACUUCUGAACUGAGUAAAAAUUUGAAUUUGUUGUUAUAUCAUUCUGUUGAUUUAUGACUCAACAUCCUGAUGGGAUCUUACUGAUUCACUUUCCAAUUGGCAUCUUUGGGACUUGGAUUCAAUGCUUGGGCAUCUUCAUUUGAUCAGGGACCUUUAUUUCACGAUGGGAUGAAAGAAUGGAGUUGUUGCAAGAAGAGAAGCCAUGAUUUUAGUUUGUUUUUACAAAUUCCUGGAUGUAAGACAGGAAAACAUACAACAGAGAAGCAAGUAAUUGCACCAGUUAAGAAGAACCCUGUGCCCACUCCAACUGCAGCUCCUUCAACCAAUGCAUCAGCGAAGGACUCCUGUUCGAGGUGUCGGCAGGGUUUCUUUUGCUCAGAUCACGGUUCACAAAGCAAAGCUGUGAAUAUUGUUGGAGACAAAUCUGUUAAUCGUGCUGGAGAUGCCCCUGCUGUAAACAGUUCCAUUGUUCAGGCUCCGAAACCUCCUAAGAAAAUAGUUGAUAUAAAUGAACCCCAAACAUGCAAAAAUAAAGGGUGUGGACAAACUUUCAAGGAAAAGGAUAAUCAUGACACUGCAUGCAGCUACCAUCCUGGCCCUGCUGUUUUUCACGAUCGAAUGAGAGGGUGGAAGUGCUGUGAUGUUCAUGUAAAAGAAUUUGAUGAGUUUAUAAGCAUUCCUCCAUGCACAAAGGGAUGGCAUAACGCUGAUCCAGAUUCUUGAUCAAAUGAAGUCACCAAAGGAGUAGUUAUUUUCUCACGGUUGCUGUUGCUUAAUUUAUAAUGGAAAGUGUUGUUGAUUAUUGCAGUAUUCGUGUCAUUAAUUAUAACAAAACAUCCCCUUUGAGAAGCCACUACAUGAGGAUUGAUUACUGUGAUAUUAGAUGUAGAUUUGCUGUCA